AUGUAUUUCCCGGCGCUCAUGACCGCUGCUCUGGCAGGUGUAUCCUGUGCAGGUCCUAUCAAAAAGAUCAAGAGACAGACCAUUCAAGAUACAUACGACUUCAUCAUCGCUGGAGCAGGCGGCACAGCGGGUCUCGUUAUUGCAAACCGAUUGACUGAAUGUUCCAACAUCAGGGUGCUUGUGUUGGAAGCAGGUCCGGAACCGGGUGUCGUUGCGAAUUAUAUGUACCCUGGCGGCAACCAAUACCUUGCUGGUACCGCGAUUGACUACAACUACUACACCGUGCCGCAGCAGAACCUCAACAAUCGAAUUCUUCCCUAUCACCGAGGACGUGGACUUGGGGGAAGUUCGGCCAUUAAUGGCUUGUAUUUUGGAAGAGGCAGCGCUAGUGUCUACGAUCACUGGGUGGAGCUGGGCAACGAAGGCUGGGGCUGGGAUGAUUUGUAUCCUUUGAGCGUCAAGCAAACCCACUUUAACCCGCCCAACUUCAAUGACAGCUUCGAUCACAGCUUCCAGACCUGGGAUCCUACUGCAUACUCCAAUGGCGAGCUACAGAUUGCAUUCCAAGGGUUCGUGCCAGACUCAAAUGUGGGCUUUAUUCGCGCUGGCGAAGCCAUCGGCAUUCCCAUUGUCAAUGAACUCAACAAUGGCAACAACACAGGUGUCAAGCAAGGCACAGGAUGUUUUGACAGCAGGCUCAGACGCAGCUCGAGCUACGACGCCUUCUACAAACCAGUCCAGAACCGCACGAAUCUAGACGUCCUCCACUAUGCCUCGGUGACCUCGAUCCAGUUCACCAAAGACAGCAAUGGAACAUCACGCGCCACGGGUGUCUCCUUCACAGAUCAGCCCACUGGGCAAUUUAUCACGGUCAAUGCCGCUAAAGAGGUCAUUGUGACUAUGGGUGCCUUCAAUACCCCUCAACUGCUGAUGAUCUCGGGAAUCGGGCCUAGCGCACAGCUGAGCCAGAACGGGAUCACCCCAGUGCAUAUCAACGAGAAUGUCGGACAGAACUUGAACGAUCACUGCGUCUUCAGCAUCAUGGCCUUGGUUCAACAAACAGCUUCGACGAGUUUUAUGGCGGUCAACGAUACCACACUUGAAGCGGCGGAACAGCAGUUCCUCGAUUCCCUGACGGGGCCAUACACGGCUCCUUCUGGUAUCACUAAUGCUUUCCAGCAAUUAUCGAAUGCCACCCUGCAAGCCAUAGGGGCGCAAGCUGUGCUCGAUGCAGGACUUGUCAACCAAUCGCAUGUCGAGUUCUUGUAUGAAUCCCUCUUUUACCCCAGCGGACCGGCUUUCCUCCCGGGCGCUUCGUCAACUGGAAAUGGUCUUUCGUCCUUAUACUAUGUGCCUCAGUCCAACUUGUCUUACAUUUCUCUCACGGCGUCGCCGCUUGUGGCGCUCAGUCGCGGCAGCGUGACGCUGAAGUCGGCAUCAAUGUUUGAUGCCCCAAACAUCGACCCUAACUACUACUCGAAUGCGACUGAUCGCGCCGUCGCCAUCAAUGCCUUCAAGGAUCUGAGAACUUUGCUUGCACAUCCAGCUAUUGCACAGUUCACAACUGGGCCCAACAACGGCGAGGUCCAACCGGGAUUUGCGAAUGUUCCUGCAAACGCCUCGGACGACACCAUCUUCGACUACAUCAAGGCCAAUACCAUUCCGAACUGGCAUGCAAGUGGAUCUUGCCAGAUGCUGCCCGAGGCAGCUGGUGGUGUGGUAGAUGCACGUUUGCGAGUCUAUGGAGUGCAAAACCUCCGGGUGUGCGAUGUCAGUAUCAUCCCGCGGCUGCCGGAUGUCAACCUCCAAGGACCGGUAUACAUGAUCGCUGAGAAAAGUGCUCAAGUCAUCAAGGAAGAUUACAAUUUGCAGUGUUAG